UCUUCACCCUUGCACAAUAUUAUUAUCCAAUGGCGGCCAAAAAGACCGGAGUGAUCGCUUUGUUCGACGUGGACGAUACUCUUACAGCUCCAAGGAAGGAAGCUACUCGAGAAAUGCUCGAUUUUAUCCGAGAAUUACGCCAGGUCGUCACUAUUGGACUCGUCGGUGGAUCUGAUCUAAGAAAGAUAUCUGAGCAACUUGGCAAAACAGUCACUAAUGACUUUGAUUACUGUUUCACUGAGAAUGGUCUUGUUGCCCAUAAAGAUGGUAAACCCAUUGGAAUCCAGAGCAUGAAGCUGUAUCUUGGAGAAGAUAAGCUCAAGGAGUUAAUCAAUUAUACGCUGCACUACAUUGCAGACUUGGAUAUUCCAAUCAAAAGGGGAACAUUUUUAGAAUUUCGGAAUGGGAUGCUCAAUGUGUCACCAAUAGGUCGCAACUGCAGCCAAGAAGAAAGAGACGAGUUCGAGAGAUAUGAUAAGGUUCACAACAUUCGAUCAAAGAUGGUGGCUGAACUUCGUGAGCGGUUUGCACAUCUUAACCUUACUUUCUCUAUUGGAGGACAAAUCAGCUUCGAUGUCUUCCCUAAAGGUUGGGACAAGACUUACUGCUUGCAAUACCUUGAGGACUUCAAUGAAAUCCAUUUCUUCGGUGACAAAACCUAUGAGGGUGGAAAUGAUUAUGAAAUAUAUGAAUCACCAAAUACAAUUGGCCAUUCAGUUACGAGUCCAGAUGACACAAUAGCACAAUGCAAGGCUCUGUUCAUGUCUUGAAACACCUAUCCAUCUUAAGAACACAAAUAUUCAUCUCCAUUUGAUAACUUACGUUACAAGCAAAGGAUAGAACUACGUUUGCAUACUCUGAUACCAUCUAUACUAUUAAAGCAGGAUCCUAUUGGAUUUUUUACUAAAAAUACCCAUUUCUUUAAUAACAUUGCAUAUUUCAUUAAGGGCAAUCAAGUAAUAUUAAUAACACAUCUAUAUUGGGUCACUUUUUUUAAAUCCAGCCCAUUGCCCACAUCAUCUCUUUUGGGUCAUUUGGGCCGAUUAACAAAUCAGAUUCAAUUUUUAUUUUUUUUUGGAUCGGUUUCGAGUCAGAUCUUUCCGGGUCCGGGUGGGUUCGGUUCUCAUGCAUAAGAACCUGAAAAAUAACCAAAUAACCAAAAUAUCUAAAACGGGUUCGGUUAUUUAUACUCAGAGUAACCAAAGUAUCCGAUUCGGUUCAAAUUUUUGUAUCCAAAUUACUCAAAAGCAACCAAAAGUAACCAAAAAUAUCCAUUAUAUACAGUUUUUUUGGGUAAAAUUUUAUCCAAACUAUCAUAUUUUAUCCAAAAAUACUCAAAAGUACUAAAA